CGCGCUCGGGUGGAGGCUGCAGCCGAGGAGGCCGCACGAGCAGCCAGUGAAGAGCGUCGUAAAGCAGAAGCCGACAGGCUGCGCAAAGAAAAGGAUGCAGUCAAGGCUGCCUCAAAACGAGAAAAGAAGCUUUUACGGUCUUUGUGUGUGGAUCGCUUUGACCACUUCAUCGAGCCUUCGAAGUCUUCAAAUCCUGCCGCCAGCCCUGAUGAUAUCAAAAUCCGAACCCUGCAAAAUAUGGAACUUCUCUGUACAGCACUGUCCCAUUUAGAACUUGGCGAACUGAAUAAACGACUGGAAGCUGCAGCGGAUCCGCAGGCAUCCUUCGAGGUUUGGCAACAAGAGAUUUCCCGAGUGCGCAAAGCAACCGAAGCGCCAGGCCUGCGACCUGACACAAAAACUGAAAAUGGGGCAAAUGGCCCGGGUGGUAGCAGCAGCAGUAAAUCCAAAUGGACCUUCGAGAUGAGUCAAAUCCUUAUCAAGGCCGUCAACCUCUUCCCCGCAGGCACUCAGAAACGGUUAGUUGUUAACUUGUGGGAAGUGAUUGCGGCCUACGUUAAUCAGCAUGCCAAAGGUGCCACCGUCACGGGCAAGGAGGCUCUGAAGCAAGCCAAAGAUUUACAAAAGGACGAUGGAACAAUGAAACAGGAGACCAACUUGAAGGCUUUCGACAAUUUCGCAAGCCAUGUCAAAGACUCAGAGGCUACAAAGUCCGUCACCAUUACCGACAAACUGGAAGCCGGAGAAUUCAGGCGUUGUCUACCGACCCUUGUCUCUCUCGACAAAUUGACCCUCAUAUCUCAGAUGUCCUAUCCGUCUCCUUCCUACCCCGGGGUUUCUGCCCACACAGGAUGUCGAUUUAUGUGCUUGUUCCACUAUGCAUGCCUCUACCACUCCAUUUGUUUUUUAACCUUCCUGGUGUUAGCGGACUCAGUUAGACCCUGGACAGUCUCAGAACAGCGUUCUCUGGAGCGGGCACUGCGCCAAUAUCCUCAGGUUCCCGGUGAGCCGCCAGCCGAGCGUUGGCAGCGUAUUGCAGACUUUGUCGGCACCAGGACUCGC